GUACAUUCAUGAUUUGCAUCGAAUCAUCUAGUGGUUGAGGAGCUGAAAGCAUGAAGGCGUUUUUGGUGUUUGUAGUCUCCUUGAGCUUGGCUGUCGCCAGCACUACCGACACUAAAAACGAGAAAGUCGAAGUCAAUGACAAGAAAAAUUUAAAACGACACCUUGACCACCAUAGCAUAGGAGGAGAUCUUUCAGAACACAGCCUUUUAGGCUUCAGUGGUGGCAUCUCAAGUUACGGCAGCGGUAUAUCAGGUAUCGGCGGCGGUAUCUCAGGUAUUGACAGCGGAAUCUCAGGUAUCGGCGGCGGCAUCUCAGGUAUUGGCGGCGGUAUCUCAGGUAUUAACGGCGGCAUCUCAGGUAUCGCCGGCGGCAUCUCAGGUAUCGGCAGUGGCAUCUCAGGUAUUGGUAGUCUCUCUGGCGGUAGUGGUCUUUCUGGAUACGGCAGUGGUGCUUCGGGAUUCCUUGGCGGAGUUUCUGGAUUCGAUGGCGGUAUUUCGGGAUACAGCAGCGGCUUAAAUGGAGGCCUACUGGGAGGAGCAGGAUAUGGGUAUCAGUCUGGAGGUCCACUAGUGCGCAAUCUUCAAAAUAGUCACGAAGUUCGCCGCAUUACUCAGAAAGUACCGGUACCAGUCCCUCAACCUUACCCUGUUACCGUUACCAAAACCGUUUCGGUUCCACAACCCGUACCAGUGUCAGUUCCAAAACCAUACCCUGUUCCCGUCAAAGUUCCGGUACCAUACGAAGUACCCAAGCCAUACCAGGUCAGAGUUCCCCAACCAGUAGCAGUCCCUGUUAAAGUUGCCGUACCUGUGGUAGUGCCAAGACCAUAUCCAGUUCAGAUUACCAAACCCGUACCCGUGCCAGUAGAAAGAAAAGUAUUUGUUAAGCAAUUGGUAAAAGUACCACAACCAGUACCACAACCCUACCCUGUACCAGUAACCAAAUAUGAACAAGUAAAGAUACCUACUCCUGUCUACGUAAAAGACCGUAAAGUAUUACACACUUACUCUAAGUCGUUCCAACCUUUACCUGGAAAGCAAAUCAGACUUAAACCUGACGUAGCUCCUCAAAUUCCAAAGCAUGUAAAUGCAGGUUAUGGCGGUUUAUCCUACGGCAACUCACUUGGAGGCUAUGGAGCCGGUUAUGGUUUUGGAGGUCUUGGCGGCUCAGGCUCCAGUCUCUUAGGAAGCGCCGCCUAUGGCGUCGGCAUCGACGGUUUAUCAGCUUCUGGAUACAACAGUUUAGGGAGCGCAGGAGUAGGCAUUUUGGGAGGUUCUGGUUCUGGCGUAAACGGUCUAUUACCUUCUGGAUACAACAGUUUAGGAGGCGCAGGAGGAGGCAUUUUGGGAGGUUACGGUUAUGGAGUACACGGUUUAUUACAUUCUGGAUACAGCAGUUUAGGGAGCUCAGGAGUAGGCAUUUUGGGAGGUUCUGGUUUAGAACACCACGUCCAUAGCCACGUAUUAUGAUGAAUCCAGAAAUCUUUUUGAAGCAUAAAUUUCCAGAGAUUUAGGCGGUUACAAAAAAUGGUUAAAUUGUAUAUAAUAUUUAAAUAAAACAAAUUUUAAUUUAUCCAAAGCUUUUUUGUUAAGCACUUUCUAUACAUUAAAA